AUGUUACGGUCACUUCUCUCCGUAACCGGCCUCCAACGCGACAACUACAUUUUCCCCACUGUUGACUUAAAAGAAGAUGGGCCGGACUGCAAGAAAGACUGCGCCGACUGCACAAUAAACUACCCAUCCAAAGUAAAGGUCGAGACCUCGCGACCACUCUACGGCCAUAUCAAAGAGUUCCACACGCACGUCCUAGUUGCGACAGGGCAGUCAGACUGGAAGGAGAAAGUCGAGAAUGAACGUGGGAGCUUAAUGGAAGCUUUCAACGACUCCCAUGGGUCUAAGCAUGGCCGGAUGAUGGUUUCUGCGUCAAAUCUGAGAUCGCCAGAGGACGACGGAGGCAGCGAUACUAAAGGGCACGGAGCUUCCGUUCUUCUUCUGCCGUCAUUUACGUUCGUGGAUUCGGUAGCCACAGGCGAUGUCACAGAGGUUAUUGACCGUUUCAUCGACGCCCCCUUAUCGAAAAGUUCUUCAGAUGCGACAGUCACCCAACUUCCCGACUCCGGAUUGAAAUCCCGGCCGUGUGAAUAUGAUUACGUUGUGCUCCUCUGCUCGCAUAAACGGCGAGACGCACGGUGUGGAAUUACAGCGCCUUUAAUAAAGCGCGAACUCGAACGGCAUCUUCGACCCCUUGGGCUGCAUCGUGACGCAGAUGACGAGCGGCCUGGAGGUGUGGGUAUUUUCUAUGUUUCCCACGUCGGCGGGCAUAAGUUUGCGGCGAACGUAUUAAUCUAUCGCAAGAAAGAGCAGCAGAUGAUUUGGCUAGCGAGAGUUCGGCCUGAACAUUGCGAGGGAGUUGUCAACUAUACGCUUUUGCAGGGGAAGGUGGUGCACCCUGAUUCUCAGUUGCGAGGAGGGUUUGAUCGGCUGAAAGGGUUGACAAGUUGGUGA